AUGGCCUCUCCCUCGGAAAGAGGCACCUUCCCGGUAGACAGCCCCUCUUCGCGCCGUUUCAACCCGACCACGGCGGCGCCGGCCGGGGACUCCGGCAGCAGCAGCAGCACCGUCUCCACCCUCGAGCGCUCCUUCGGCGGCCUCGACAUCAACCCUUCGCCGCCACCGCCGCCGCCGCUGCCGGAGUCGUUGUUGCCGGUGCCGGUGCCGGUGCCGCUGCCGCCUCUCUCACCCCGACCGACGUACGGAAUCGUCUCGCGCACGUUCAUGGAAAGGAGGUGGCAACGUUGGAAGUAUGAGCGGGAGCGGGAGAUGGAGCGGCAAAUGGGGCGGCAUACCACCAGCCUCGCCGCCGCCACCGCCACCGCCAUCCGCGGAGAACAUUGGCAGCGGCAGCCGUGGCCGAAACGUCACGGAGCCGGGAGUAGUACUAGUGAGAGAAGCCGGGAGCAGCAGCGGCGGUCGUUGGCCGCGGAGUCUCGCGUCAGGACGGCCGGCAUCGCGAGGAGGAGGCAGACGCCGCAGCGAGAGCCGGCGGCGGCGGCGGCGGCUGCGCGCGGGACGCGGGUUUGGUGGAAGGAUGAUGGCGUGAUGGCGGAGCAGGCGAGGCCGUUUUUGAUGCCGUUGGUGCCGGGGGAUGGGCGUGGGAGAAAUGUCUUGUUUAAGGACCACUUUCAACGGUAUCCUGAGGUUGAGUGGUUCCGUGAACAGGGUGUUGGGGUUAUGGAAGAAGAAAAUGAUGAUGGUGAUGAUGACAUGGAUGAGGAUGAGGAUGAGGAGGAGAAUGUUGGCGGUGACCAGAGAACGAGGGAAGACUCGGUCAUGGGGGAUGAUUGA